AUAUUGCAAAGGUUGAUCAAUCCCCGCUGUCAAGGAUUGCUACUUUGUAAUUGGAUGAUAUAUAGGAAAAGGCAGUCCCUACUCUGCCUUUAUGAUAAACCAACUGGAUGGCACACAGGAAAAGGUGGGAUCGAAGAACUGCGUGCCAAUGAACGAAGCGCAUUGCCUGCUUGUUAGUUGAGGUAUUGAUCUCCGCCCGAAGAAUGUGCUGCAGGAGAUGGGACUAUCGUGUGUCAUUCUGCUCUCAACGUGUACUGUGCGCUGCAAGCUAUCCGCAUAAUCAUAAGAGAUUUUGGCUUCGUAUUCAAAUCGACUAGAAACAGAUCGACUCUCUUCUUCGCGACUGUAAAUAACACCGCUUGCAAUCAUAGGGCCACGCAUCAGCUUGCCACUGAACGCAUCAACCAGAAUGGCUGGAAAGGUGGGUACUCGGGGAUGUAAGAAAAUCCGGGGAGCUCAAAUCAGAGAUCUUCUCGAUUCAAAGCACAACGUCCUGUUUGAUUGCGACGGUGUGAUUUGGAACGGUGAAACGGUCGUAGCCGGAGCGCCAGAGGUGGUGACUCUGCUUAAGCAACAGGGCAAACGCGUAUUUUUUGUCACCAAUAAUUGCACCAGGCCGAGGGAGAACUACGUACAGAAGUUUUCCAGACUGGGCUUCACUGAUGUCGUUGAGGAAGAGAUCUUUAGCUCUGCGUACUGCUCUGCAGCUUACUUGAGAGAUGUAGCUAAGGUCCAAGGCAAGGUGUUCGUCAUCGGUUGUCACGGAGUGCAGAAAGAGCUCCAAGACGCCGGGGUCCCCAUCGUGGAGGAGGUCAGUGACGGCCCUGAUGUCAAUAUCUACAACUUUCCCCUAGAGCCAGACGUAAAAGCAGUCCUCGUUGGAUACGACGAACGGUUUACUUUCAUGAAACUGGCUAAAGCCUGCUGCUACCUGAAGAAUAGCGACUGCCUGUUUCUGGCCACCGACCCUGACCCUUGGCACCCACUCCGCGGCGGCAGAAUCACACCAGGUUCAGGGAGCCUCACCGCAGCCCUGGAGACAGCCAGCAGCCGCAAGGCCACGGUGAUUGGGAAGCCCAGCCGCUUCAUGUACGAGUGCAUCGCCAGCCAAUUCGACCUGGACCCGGCGCGGUCGCUCAUGAUUGGCGACCGGCUGGAGACUGACAUUCUCUUCGGGGCCAACUGUGGCCUGGACACUAUGCUGACCCUCACCGGGGUCUCUACGAUGGAGGAGGCCCAGGGUUACAGGGACAGCGAUGCCUCGGAGAAGAAGGACUUUGUGCCUGAUUACGUGGUGGAGACCAUCGGUGACUUCCUCCAAGCUCUGGAGGACUGAAGAGAGACCCUUACGUAGCAGCCUGGACUGAACCUGUAACGAGACUUUGACACCAGUAAACGACUGACCCGAGGGUGCGUUUCUGAGCCAACAUUAAAAAAAAAGAAUCUCUAUCAGUGUAAUCUCUUCUCUAGUACUGCACAAGUCGUCCUGCACAAGUAGUUCUGAAACCCAUACCCAGGUAGAGAGAUGAAGGAAUUUACUUUCUUUACAUUAUUUAGUUUAGUCAUCCAAAAUGACCUCCGACCACUAUACCGCAAAUGCCAGCACUGAGUGGAAUAACAGUAUGCUGGAUCAUGGGAGCGUAGUGGUCACACAACUGAAGUUUUAUAGCCAAUUCAUAUCAUGCACAGGAUUAGCCUGGGCAGGUGAGAAUGCCAACCAACAUAAGCCAACAUAACAUGCAAACAAUAGCACAUACAUAAACAUUCCAAGCUGAAGCUGCACACAGCACCACUUGAAUUGAGUGAGUUGACAGGAAAUCAAAGAAUCGAAAGACAGACAAACAUGUGGAGCAUGAUAUCGGCUGAACAUGCAGUUGGUGAUAAAGAUGUUAGCUUCAUUUUGUGUUAGAUAAAACAGUUAUGGAUCUUUUUUGGUGGGAUUUUUUUAAGCUUUUGAGUUUUCAUUCAGCCACAUGGUGCUCAAAUCUGUGCCUCACCUCAAGGCAGAUUUCCCUAAGGUUUAGAGCACAUUUAGACCUUUUGCAAUGGAAUUGGUGUAAUUAAGGGGUAACAUUCACCUUUGAUGUUUGAUGUACUCAGUGUUUUACUGUAGUGGAAUAGAUUUUUUUUGUUUUCUCCAUGAAAUUGGAAGUUCCAGGCCCCAUGACCUCAAGUAAAGUCAGGCAAAGAAAUCCUCCUGGUAAUUUGAAUCCACAGCUAUGUGAAAACAUUUUACCCAUGAUGGUGUAGCAACAAUUAUGCUUUGUCUACAUGCACAUUUGCUGACAAUCAUCUCGACCAGUAAAGCAUUUUUCACAUAUUUGUCACCACCUUCCCCAGAUCAGUGCAGAGUUCUGUGUUAAGUGUUUGUUCACGGGUUGACAUUAACGAUUGUUAUAAAUUAAUAGUUUUUUGGGCAGUGGGCUGACAUGCAUGACAUGAACGCCCUCUUAGUCAUGAUAGAGCUAUCAUAGCAACCUUUACUCAUUUUAGAGUUCAUACAAUGUGAAUAUCAUUUACAUAAUGAAGAAUUCCCAGAGAAGUCUAAUUCUCAAUUUUAUUCAACCGAUGCUAUUAGUUAAGCACAAACUAUUCACUAAACUCAUGACAGUAUUGCCUUCUAUUUACAAAUGAUAAAUAAGCUGAUUCCACUGUGACAACCUCUUUUGCUAUUGCGUCCAAACCAGGCAAUGACCGUUUGCUGCAUUGUGUAGCCAUCGCAGUGCUUGUCUGUAAUUGUGGCUGAUGCAGAAUUGCUAUCCAACUGCCCCAAAACACCACUCUCAUGGCUUCAGAGGACCAUCUUAAUUGUGUUGUUUUUGUUUAGCCAUGUGCAAGCCUUAUGCCUGUGUUGGUUUGUGUGUGGACAUUGAUUGACCUUGAAAUGUGACCUCCAUUAUAGAGACUGAGUAUAUGCAUCAAAGUUAAGCAAGUGACAGUUUUGAUUUUGCCCGAAAAGUUGCAUUCAGACGGUUGAAAUAGGCUCUUAUGUAGCCUGGCAAUUUUAAAUAAAAUUACUUUGGCAGCAAGUUCUUCUGGCGAAAAUAAUACAAAGUAAACUUUCAUUGGUUGUCAAUUCUAAAUUUAGUUUGUGAAAAAAUGCAUUUCAUUGAAAUGCAAUUAGGUGAUUUUCUCUGAAAUGUAACAAACUGGCAUUACACAACCAUUGAAUGUCCACUAGUGCAUGGUUUGCGAAGAAGAGUGUCAUGGUUUGCAAAUGGAACGUUUAUAUAUCUUGAAUGCUUUUGUUUCUUGCAAUGAUUAGUAUUUUCCAGUGUUAGGAAAAUUAGGGGCUGUGUUGUUUUGAUUAAAAAAAAGUCUAAUUUGUGCACAAAUUUGAUUGAUAGAGAUUUUUGGUCUUUGUUUAUGGUCUCAAGCUAGACAUUGUAUUGUAUAUUUAUUGAAAUACUUUAUUUUAAUAGAUUGAUAACUUCAUUCAAUUAUUUGCCAAUAUGUUCUGUGUGAACUUAAUAAAUACUGUA